CUACGUUAUUUCCUUACCGAUCUCAUUUUCCCAAGCGGCCGAGCCCCUCUCCCUUGCGAUUCUGCCCCCAUCGCGCGACUGCCGACCAGCACUGCUCCGAUCUACCGACCGCCGGCCACCGUCGUCCCUCUUCUAGCCACAGACACCAGGCGCUCGUCGGAGGCCCGCAUUUUGUGCCCGUGCCCUAGUCGCAGCUGCCCUGUGCGCUAGCCGCAGCUGCUCACUCUUGCAAGCCCCGAUCGUAGACGCCUGACGCCGCCGAUGAUCGGCAAGUCAAACUUUCCCUUCCUUCCGAUCCAACCAGCCGGCUGCUUUCUUCCUACGCCCCGACAGCAGCACCAAUGAGGGAAAGAAGGGCCUAUGGCUGAAGAGCAUCUAGCACCAUCAAUAGGGGAGCUGACUCUCCAAAAAAUUGCUGUUUCAUCGAUUGGAUUUCAAGAAAAUGAUCAAAUCGAGCAUGCGUCUGAUGACUGUUGGUUUGAUGAUGAGCCUCCUGUUGAGACUUCAGGUGCUGAGUUAAUCAGAGAGCAGAAGUGGCGCCAUGACCAUUUUUAUACAGUAUCCUUGCUAACUUUAUUCUGUGUAACUCUUCUUGAUGAACUUUUAUUAAAUUAUUUAGAGAUUUUAAGUUCUAAUGCCAAUAAAUCCUUGACAAAAACUUAUAUGGGUUAUCGAGAUGGUAUAUCUGUAGGCAAAGAGGCUUCUGCCCAAGAAGGCUUCAAUGUGGGCUUCAAGCAAUCCGCACAUGAUGGUUAUAAAUGGGGCAAUGUUAGGGGCAUUGCAAGUGCAUUUGGUAGUCUUCCCGAUGAUUCAAAGAAGAAAUUGUUGAAGAAAUUUGAAGAUAAAGAAAAAUUUCACAGUUUAUACGAGUCGGCACAAGCAAUUUCCACUGACAGUGCUCUGAAAAUAUAUUAUGUCCAUCUCUUGCAAAAUGAUAAGCAAUUCAAAGAACCAUUGAAAGGGAAUACUCAAGAAUCAUCAGCAUCAGCGGGUGAAGAAUCAAACUCUAAUGAGUUAAACUUCCUUCUUGAGGUUCUUACGUCACUUGUUCAUGAAUCUUCAAGAAUCAAGUCGAGUAUUGUGGAAAAGAGUGGAUUUGAUAACAAGUAGCAUUGUUUGUGCAAAUUCAUUACUAUGAUUUGAUACUUUAAUUAGGUUACCAUGAUAUUUGGAGUUGAGUGAAUAAAUACUUGAUAAGUUAAGUUGUGGGAUAUUGAUUGAUUUAGCCUGUGGUGAUGGGAAUCAAAAUUUUGAUUGUGUUAGAUUUUCCGGGAGAUAA